AUGCGCACACUCACGUGCCCCUUCACGCGCUCUCUCACGCGCACUCUCACGCGCACCCUCACACGCUCUCUCACGUUCUCUCUAACGAGCUCUCUCACGCGCACCCUCACACGCACUCUCACACGCUCCCUCACACGCAUUCUCAUACGCUCUCUCACACGCUCUUUCACGCUCUCUAACGCGCACUCUCACAAGCACACUCACGCGCACUCUCACGCGCACUCUCAUGCGCUCUCUCACGCGCACACUCACACGCUCUCUCACGCGCUCUCUCAUGCACUUGCGCACGCGCUCCCUCACGCGCUCUCUCACGCGCCCCCUCACGCGCUCUCUCACGCGCACUCUCACGUGUUCCCUCACGCGCUAUCUCACGCGCUCUCUCACGCGCACUCUCACGCGCACACUCACGCGCACUCUCACGCGCACACUCACGCGCUCUCUCACGCGCACACUCACGCACUCUCUCACGCGCUCUCUCCCCACUCUCUCACGCGCACUCACGCGCUCUCUCACGCGCAAUCUCACUCGCUCUCUCACGCGCACUCACGCGCUCUCUCACGCGCACUCUCCUGCGCGUUCGCUCCCUUGCACACGCUCUCCCUCGCUCUCCGUCUCUCCCCUUCUUCAAAUGAAACUCUCGUUUUCACGUGGCUACUCCCCACCCCGGCUCUACACCAGCAGGAUAGCCCCCCACUCCCCGCCCCCUCCUUUUUUUUGACUCCAAUUGGCCACUCCCUCCCCCAACGGAUCCCUGGCGGACUCCCUCCCAGCCUCAACGCGCCACGUCAACCUUCGUUCCAGGUUUUCAACCCCGAUCUCACGAUGUCCGCCGCUGAAGAGGAAAAUAUCGCUGAAUCCGGCGACGAUCUCUUGGUCGACGACCUUCCCGAAGGACUACUCGAUGACCUCGCGAGCUCCCCUGACUACCCUGCUGCGAAGAAGCCCUGCAUGGACCCCGGUGCUGGCCCUGCUAGCUUCAACUCCCCCUCCACCUCCUCCGACUCGGCGCUGGCGCAGCCCGCGCCGUCUCCUGUGCUCCUCGCUGCCGCUGCUGCUCCCACGUUGACUCAGCAAGGCCAUGCGCCCUCUCUGGCAGCAACAGCUGCCGCCCCCAACGCCCCGGUUCUCCGCGCUGCUGCCUACGCAACGGCCGCCUCCGGCGCUAACCCGGCUCCCGCGCUGCCCGCCUCGCUCUUUGCCUCAUCCGCGCCCGGCGGACCCCCCCGCAACCUCCGCCGUGCGCGCACCUCCGCAGCCACCCCGAUGCUCCUUCCCCUUCGCCGCCGCGUGGUAGUCACGCUCCUCCUCCCGGAGGCCUUGUUGGAGUCGCACCGCACGGAAAUCCUCGCCGGAAUCAACGCGCAGCUGUGCGGCUUCAUGUUCGAUUCGGGCAUCAUCCCCCUCUUCGAGCACACUGUCGGCGACUCCCUCCGCGUGGCCCGCCACGUGUACGGCCGCCUGCUGUUCUCUUGGCCGUCGCAGGAAGACGCGGCUGUUUUUCGCAAGCUUUUUCCUCUCAUGCUGAAAAUCUCCAACUCCUGCCCCGUCAUGUUGAAGGUCUUUGUUGAUCGGUAUGAAGCUUUUACCGCGGCAAAGGCAGCCGGCGCUCCUACCCUGUCUAUCCGAAACGUCCCCCUGGAGAUCGAUCCGGAGGAGAUCCGCGCCUUCCUCCUCGGGUCCACCGAGGAGGAUGGUUCGCAUUGGCUCGCGGAUCUGACUGACUUUCACCGCGCUUCCGACCCCUACGAGAACACCUUUUUCACUCACCUCGCAGGACUCCCGGUCGCCACCCCCGAUGACCCGAAUUUCGAACGAAUCCCGUCCGAAUUCCUGCUGGAGGAGAACAAGCCAACUAUGCUGCUCAAUUUCUCCUGCCACGUGUGCACGCUGUGCGGUAACAACCACCGCGCACCGGACCACGAGACUUUCGCUGCCCGCCGCCGAGGACGCCUCACGAACAAGAACACCAUCUCAAUCGCUCAGCUGCAGCAGGCAAACGGUACGAAAUCUUCCCCUCUUGUCUUAACCGCAAAAAUCCUCCCUCCCUGUUGUCAUUGCACGCCCUUAGCCUGCCUCCGUUGCCUCCUCAUGUGCUCCUCCGCUGCCCCCCAUCCUCUCACCACUCCCCCCUCGGUCUACCCCCUCCCUAUCGCGCAACCUUCAUGCUCCCAUCCAACACCCGCGCUCCCCCCCCGCUGUCCUUCCCUCCCAAAGAGCCCCCGCCCCCCACUGCCUUGCUGUCCCCCCCCCCCGCACGGCCGUCCGGGCCCCUGCCACCCCCACUUUCAUUCUGCCCCUACCCACUCCCCUCGUCCCCUCCCUUCUCACUCCUCUCCCUGUGCCAACUGCCCCCCCUCACCCUGUCCUCCCCCCUGUCACCCACCCCUCCCUUACAGCCCCCCACCCCCGGCCCCCCAUGUUGUGGGGCUCCCACUCAACCCCUUUUCCCCCCCACGCCACCCCCCCCUCCCUGCUCUUUCCAACACAUGCAGGCAAGCCCCCGCCCAAGGACGCUCAGCCCCUGUCACCUCUGUACCCUCCUCUCCCCCCCCUACAGUCGGGCCUCCGCCCACCCUCACGACUCCCCCAUCUUCCCACACCCCCCACGCAAUCUCCGCAUCGCGAAAUCUCUUUCUCACCCAUGAUCCCCCACCCCCUGCCCCUACCCACGUCAACCCCACCCCCCACUACACUCCCGCCCCUUCCCCCUCGGAGGACAGUACCCCGCCCUCCCACAAGCUCGCCCCCCACCCGCACCCCCCUCCCACUAGCAGACUGGACCCUCCUACGGUACCCCCCUCUCUGCCCCCUCCCGACACUCCUCCCACGAUCUCUCCAGAGGGCGGGCCCCCUGCCCAACCUUAUGCUGGCAUGGAGACGCUCCUCUCCCCCUGCCCUAUCCCCCCCUUUUCAACCAGCACCCCUCUCUGCUCCCCCGACCCCCCGACUUCCCCCCCCCACUUCCUCUCCCCCGAUUCCCCUCCUCCCCCCCCCUACCCUCAAUCUCGCCUUCCCCCCCCUCACUCUUUUCAACACCCUCUUCACUUUCUUCACCCCCCACCCACUCAGGAACCCAUCUGCAACCGCCCCCUGUGCUAUAACCGGGCUGCCCGAUCCCCACCGAGGCUCCCCCCCUCUGCCAACAGCCCUCUUCCCCCGGCCUCUCCCUCAUUGCUCUCGAGCAGGCCGAUCCACCCCCCUCUGGCUCCUUCUCCCCCCCCCGCCUGGGCCCCCGAACACCCCUGCCCCUCCCCCGCACCUCCCACCCCUCUCUGCACCUCCCUCCACCCGCAGCCAACCAGACCUCAUGGCAACUCUUUGGGCAAUCAUGCCGCGCCGACCGCCUUCGGCAACGACCCCGGCCUCCUCUACAUUGGGCUGGGCGAUUGGGUCAAAUAUUGGACCUGCGCUCUCUGCGACUUCACCUGCGGCGCUGCCCUCGACAGCGCCAUGGAGCAUAUCCAGUCCGACCUGCACGUCAACUGCGUGAAGGCCUCCGCUCACCGCCCGGCUGCCAAGGAAGAAUUUGGCCCCUGGCGCGCACUCACCCUGCUGCAGCAGAAGGCCCCGGUGGCUGCCUUCCUUCGCGGUCGCCCUUAG